AUUAUUAUUAUUAUUAUUAUUAUUAUUAUUAUUAUUAUUAACUCCUCAGCCUAUAAAUAAAUCCGUCUUUAAGAACCUCUGCAGCUCCAAAGGCAGAAGCAGAGGUCACCAGUCGCCACAUUCCAAGCUGCGGCCAUGGCGAUGGCCUUCAAGAUGGCGACGGAGGGGAUGCGGGUGAAGCAGGAAUGUUUGAGCUCAUUUAUGGAGAUGAAGUGGAAGAAGGUGAGCCGGUACGUGGUGUACAAGAUCGACGAGAAGGCCCGCGAGGUGAUGGUUGACAAAGUCGGCGCCGCCGGCGAGGGCUACGACGGCCUCGCUGCCGCCCUCCCCGCCGACGACUGCCGCUACGCCGUCUUCGACUUCGACUUCCUAUCCUGUGACAACUGUCAGAGAAGCAAGAUCUUCUUUAUCACCUGGUCCCCUACAGCAUCAAGGAUCAGAUCGAAGAUCUUGUAUGCCACCUCAAAGCAAGGACUGAGGAGGCUACUGGAAGGGAUCCACUAUGAGGUGCAAGCGACCGACCCUGCAGAGAUGGGAUUUGAUGUGAUCCGAGAGAGGGCCAAAUGAGCAGGUCGGAUCAAUAAUUGCCAGCCUUUAGCUGUUGCUCGCUGACCAAUUGGUCCUAGAUCUUUUCUGUUAGCUUAACUAUGUGCUUGCACAACAAUGAGGGAGUGCUCCGGAGGCGCACCUUCACAUCCCAUUGUUCUUAUUCACUGCUUCACUUAAUGUAUCAUGGAAAGACAGUAAUGCUUUUGGUCGAAUGUUCCAGUUUAGCCAUCUCAAA